UGCGUGCGUAACCUUUACAGAGCAGUGCAGUCCACGUUCCAGUACAUCAACAGCUGUUUCCAGUGGGAGAGUUUCCAGAGGAGUCUCAUAGCCUUCCUGAUAUUCCUGCUGGCGGUGUGGCAUUGGGAGUUCUACAUGUUGCCUCUCUGUCUGGUUCUGCUCAUCACAUGGAACUAUCUUCAGAUUGCAUCUGGACGGGCCAACCAGGACCUGGAUAAUAUGGACUUGGGCGAUGAAGAUGAUGAAGAUGAAAAGGAAUCCGAGAAGAGAGGUUUGAUGGAAAAAAUUCACAUGGUUCAAGAGACUGUCAUCACUGUCCAAAACCUGUUGGAGGAAAUCGCAUGCUUCGGGGAGAGAAUUAAGAACACCUUUAACUGGUCAGUACCGUUCCUCUCCAACCUUGCCUUCCUUAUCCUGGUGACAGUAACAUUUCUGACAUACUUCAUCCCUGUACGAUAUAUCCUUCUAGUAUGGGGAAUUAAUAAAUUCACCAAGAAAUUACGGGCCCCGUACGCCAUCGACAACAAUGAGGUGUUUGAUUUCCUGAGGAGAGUUCCUUCAGAUGUUCACAAGGUGCAGUACAGCGAGCUGAAGACUUUGAGCGCCCAGAGUCCUCUGAGGAGGAAGAGAACCAUUGAGAGGAGGUGAUGGAGGAGUGAUCUAUGGUCCCCAAUGGAAGACAUGGCCAUGUGCACACUGUUGCCACCUCAGACUUGUGUCCUGUGUGAAACUGGCCGUAUAGUGGAGGAUAUGCAGGGCAUAUCUGGAUCACAUUCCUCUAUGUUCAGAACUGGUUAGAAAACUGCUCCUGGGUUACUGGUCCUCUGUAGCUCCGUUUGUAGAACAUGGCACUUGCUGUGCCGGGAUAGUGGGUACAAUUCCUGAGAUCACCCAUAUGUAUACACGCAUAACUACGUCUCUUUGGGAUAAAAGCAUCUGCUACAUGGCGUCUAUACUGAACAAAAAUGGCAACGCAACAUGCAACAAUUUCAAAGAUUUUACUGACUUACAGUUCAUAGAAGAAAAUCAGUCAUUUGAAAUGAAUUCUUUCAGCCCUAAUCAAUGGACUUCACAUGACUGGGAUGCAGGGGGGUGGAUUAUCUUGGCAAUAGGAGAAAAGCUCACUAACAGAGGAAGGUAAAAGCUUUUUGUACGUACAGAAACCAUUCUGGGAUUUUUUAUUUCAGCUCAUGAAAUAUGGGACCAACACUUUACAUGUUGCGUUUGUAUGUGUUCAGUGUCUAUUAGCAGUCAGACAUGGAUAUUGUAUCACCAGCAGGCUAAAGAU